GCCGCCCUCUCAUAAUGCAGCAUGGGCGAAAAUACCAGACCCAGGAGCUUCAGCUGAGGAAGCAGACUCUGCUACUGUCAACUAUUUUGACCGUUUGGACGAAAGUGAUGUUCCAACAAUGCCGAUAGUGGAUAAACUCAAGGAGGCGUUAAAACCUGGUCGAAAGGAGACGGGCGAUGAGGGUGACCUCAACAAACUGUUGGCUUCUUCUGCCAAGAAGGUCCUUUUGCAGAAAAUAGAGUUUGAGCCUGCUAGCAAGGGUUUCUCCUACCAGCUGGACAGCCUAAAGAACAAGUAUGUGAUCCUCAAUCCAAGGACUGAGGGUGCUACAGGGCAGAAGGCUACAGAGCCUGCUCAAAUAAAGAGGCAAGUCUCAGAGAAUGUGGUUGGGAGCCAGAGUGAUGGGAUCCCUGCCCCACAGAAGAUGCUCUUUCCAGGGAACAAGCUUACCCUCAAAUGGGAGCGUGUGUACAGGGUGGGAGCCGGCCUCCACAACCUGGGAAACACCUGCUUCCUCAACUCCACAGUGCAGUGUCUCACCUACACCCCGCCACUUGCCAACUACUUACUCUCAAAGGAGCACAGCCGUGCCUGUCACCAGUCGGGCUUUUGUAUGAUCUGUGUAAUGCAGAACCACAUCAUCCAAGCCUUUGCCAACACAGGCAACGCCAUUAAACCUGUCUCCUUCAUCAGAGACUUAAAAAAAAUUGCCAGACAUUUUCGCUUUGGGAGCCAAGAGGAUGCUCAUGAAUUUUUGCGGUAUACCAUCGAUGCCAUGCAGAAAGCCUGUCUCAAUGGCUACCCAAAACUUGACAGGCAGACCCAGGCCACAACAUUGGUUCAUCAGAUCUUUGGAGGUUACCUCAGGUCAAGAGUGAAAUGCUCUAUUUGUAAAAGCGUGUCAGACACAUAUGACCCUUACCUGGACAUCGCUGUGGAGAUCCGGCAAGCUGCAAACAUUGUGCGAGCCCUGGAACUAUUUGUUAAACCAGACGUGCUAAGUGGAGAGAACGCUUACAUGUGUGCCAAGUGCAAAAAGAAAGUGCCGGCUACCAAGCGCUUCACAGUCCAUCGAACAUCUAAUGUACUGACCCUUUCACUGAAGAGGUUUGCCAACUUCAGUGGAGGAAAAAUAACAAAGGAUGUUGGUUACCCAGAAUUUCUGAACAUCCGCCCCUACAUGUCUCAGAGCUCAGGAGAUCCUGUUAUGUACGGCCUCUAUGCUGUUCUGGUGCAUUCUGGAUACAGUUGUCAUGCUGGCCACUACUACUGCUAUGUCAAGGCGAGCAAUGGACAAUGGUACCAGAUGAAUGAUUCAAUGGUGCACUCGAGUAACAUCAAAGUGGUCUUGAACCAGCAGGCUUAUGUGCUUUUCUACCUGAGGAUCCCUGAAACCAAGAAGAAUGCAGAUGCGCAGACCACCAAGCAGGGGAUGCUGCAUUCUGGGAAGAAUAGCGCAUCAUCGGAACAGAUAAAGAGGGCCAACCUGAAUGGGCCUCUCUCUUCUCCGCAGGUCACAAAGAAACUUGAGCCUGCACAGCUGCGUAAGAUCCAGUCUAUGGAUGGUGGUUUGGGUUUGCCCAUCUCCAGGAACGGUGUGAGCACUCAGCCACAGCCCAGACUUUCCAACUGGACAUCGUCCUCCAACGGUCCACCGAAGCUGCCAGGUGGACCCACAGUUAUCGAGGAACCUUUCAAGAAGGUGAAGAAGCCCUCUCCCCAGAGCCAGGUGCAGUCCCGCAGCAGUACUCCGACCCCUUCCAACAAUGGGGUCAGCAGGACGGAGGAGAACAAAAAGCAGGGUGGCGAGGGCAGAGGCAUGGCAGCAUCUACCUCAUUUAAGUCUUUGUCAGACUCUUCCUCUGCUGACACCACUGACUCAAAGGACUCGGUUGGUCCAAAAAGUGCACCAGUAGGAGAGACUCCCUCCACUCCUCGGAAAGGCUCCAAUGGCCUUGCAUCUCCAGCCAGGAGCGUGGAGCGCUCUCAGAGCACAGAAGAGCAGAAGACGUCAAAAAUAAAACCCCCGGCCCUCAACAACAUUACAUCUGAAGCCACCAGCACCAUGUCACCUCCACCUGCCAAGAAACUGGCCUUGUCGGCCAAGAAGGCUCGCAGCCGGAGUCUGAGCAGCAUUGAUGUUCUGCCCCAUUUGCCAUGCCAGCUGUCCAGUGACCCCAUGCAUCAAAAUCAACUUAACUCCCUCACCUUUGCCUCGCCUACUCACGCUCACAGAGCUGGUCCAUUCCAUUCACCUAAAGUCCAGUCAUCACCUUUAGCCCACUCAAGUGGAUCCUUCAAACAUCAGAGCCCUCAAAAACAAUCCCUUCUCUCCACACUGCAAAAACCAAACGCCAGCCUUUCUCUUAGAACCAACGGGCUUCACUGUCCUGGCCCAAAGAGUCCCAAGUCUUCCAGCAACCUUAAUUCUGUGGUCCAAGAUACAGACCUCAGCAACCCUGAAGCUCAACAAAGCAACCAAAAGAAGAAGAAGAAGAAGAAAAAGAAGCGGCGGCAUUCUGAGGUGGAGGGUGAUGCAGAGCCAGUCACAUCCCCAGCUCAGAUGACACUGUCCAGCCCUGUGGAGUCAGCCAGCGAGAAGAAGUGCAAGAAGAAAAAGAAAAAGUGCAAGCGGGAGAAUGAGGAUGGAGAGAAAACGAAGGAGAGGGAGUGUGUCCCAUCUCAUUUGGACGCAUCAAGCCAGGAGGAGGAUUGGUGUCAGGGUGGCAUGUGGAGUCUAACAUCUCAUUCUAAUGCAGAGCAGUCGAAGCAGAAGCCUCAGUUAUCUGCCGCAACCCCAACGCAAUGUGAGUCAAAUCAGGAAGAACAGAAUAGGGACUCUGUGCUGAAGAAGAGGAAGAAGAAAAAGAAGAUGGCUCAGCUGGGAGAGGCUCUGCAGGACACAAGUUCUGCAUGCUCUGCAUCAGAAAGCAACAGCAACUCUGAGAUGAAGACCACGGACAUUCAGAAUAAUACAGAAGAUUUGAUAAUGUUGAAAAAGAAAUUAAAAAUGAAGAAAAAAAGGCUCAAAGAAGAAGUGCGACUGUGGAAGGAGAGUAAGCGUUGUCCGGACGCUGAGCCCGAAGCAGCGGAGCCCCCUUCUAAAAAGAACACCACAGAGAGUGACAAAACAAACAAACAAAGCACAGCCGCAGUGGUGGUGUGGGACAGCCAAGUGAGGGACGGCUACAAACGUAGUCAGGCGCCAGCGGCUGAUGGAAGGGCGUCAGGAGAUGCACCAACCCGUGCUGCUCCUGCAGCCUGGGACGGAAAGAAGUCUAGCGGGGUGGUAGAAGAACUGCUCCGGAACGCCACAGAUAAGGCCUAUGGAGCCAACGUCCUCAGCUGGGAUGGUGAGGUCUCUGCUAUUAGUAGAGAUGCCAUUGAAGAUGUUCGAAUUGCCAAGCAUGACACUGUGAUCGAUGAGUGGGACGAAGACUUCGACAGGGGAAAGGUGAAGAAAAUAAAGAACUUUAAAAGAGAGAAGUGGCGAAGUGGCAGCAGCAUCUUCCAGAAGAUCCAGGACAGGCGGAACAAGUGGUCUGUAACACUCGGAGGAAAAAGAGUUUUUGGAGUCCGCCGCUGAGAAUCCAAUUGCUGCUGAGGUCUUGCUGACUGGAAAUUGAGACAACAAAACUGUAUACCAAACUUCUGUAUCUUUUCUCUCUCUCUUUUUUUUUUUUUUUUUUUUUUUUAAAGAAAAACUUCUCUCUUGUAUUUACUUCAGUUCCCUAAAUGUAGGACUAAGAUAUGUGCCAAAAGCAGCACAUGAGACUGCACUGACAGCAGUCCCUUUGGCUGUAAAUGGCAGGUUUAAACUUACCAACAUGAAAUGUUGUCACCAAUGGCCAGCUGGAUUUCACUACUUAUGACCCGUUUGAAUCCAAAUGCCACAGGGAGGGACUGCAGUUUUUCUAUGCAUUCAGUAUUUAACAACUAACCCUCACAUGUCCAUGUCAUAGCAAUUACUUACUAUGUUGGCAUCCUUUGAGCCUUGGUUAUUGCCCCGAAUCUGCUCCUUCGAGAUGAAAUAAAAUUGAACAUAUAUGUGAAAGGUAGGCUGUCACUCUUUGGCUUUCAUGUGUUAAAACGUCAUUCAAUCUCAGAGCGUUGAGUGUUGCUUUUGCAGACAUAAGGGCUCAACAAGUUAGACAUUUUAAAAAAAGUGACCUUUUUUUUUUUUUUUUUUUAAACCCUUCUGAAAUUAUUCUAUACCAAAUUACACAGAUCCAAAAUUGUUUAUGAAUUAAAACCUAUAUUAUUUUAGAUUUCUUAAUAAUUGUCUUGUUUUAUACCUUUUGUUAACUGUGAUUUUAUUUUACUGCAGUGUCGGUGUCACAUGGCUUGUUUUUAAGGACCAAAUUUUGCCUGCAUGUUGUUGGUAAAAUUGAGGUUUAAAUUUAUUACCAUUUUCUUAUUAUGCAUGCAUAAACUGGUUCAGAAAUAUUUCCUGAGCUGAUUUUUUUUUCUUGGUUCUGCAUUCUUGCUUAUGUACCUUUUUUUUUUUUUUUUUUGUUCCUUAACAGUUCAACUGUUUGCGGAUGAUAUUGGCGAACAACACAUUGGAUGCUGUUAGUUCGAUUGCAUCUGAAUGAUUACGUGUACCUUCUCGUUUCCUGGCGGCUCAUAGUGCAAUGUGCGUUUGCAGAGUAGACGUUGGGGUUUCUGAAGGGACUCGGGCAGGGGCAGUUAUUUUCUACUGUGCAGCUAUUUACCUAUGUAGCUCAUCUCAUCAGUUCUUCUUUCAGAAUUGCUCAGUCUGAAGAUUUGAUCUUUACAUUCUCUGUAACGAACUCGCCACAAACUGUUCUUCACCACUGUACUGAAAUAAAAGGGUUACAUUUUAUACUUCAGGCACUGUGUUAGAAUGGGACUGCCACAUAACAAUAACUUAUUCCCCUUGUAUCUUGUAUCUCUAUGCAAUUUUCUGACGGUCAUGUUGGUCACCUAGAAACUGGGCUGAGACUCAGGUAACCAGACCUCCUGUAUCCCACUAUCAUCUCUGAUCAGACUCCCCCGUUUCAUAUCCAAGCAGUCCCUCUCCCCCCCCGGCCACCAUGUUGCAUCCUGUACAUCCUGUAGAAACUGUUUUAUACAAAGUGUUUCAGGUGUGGAAACCAUGGGAUCAUCUUGCACCAAUCUGGGCACAGAUGCAUAGAGAAACUAACGUUAUAACAAAAUGCUUUGCCAGUGUAGAAGACUGUACAGUCCAUCUUGUGCUACCUGUGUUUCCCUCCAAUGCUGUAAAGAUUUGCCCAUGCAUUUCUUUUCAUUCUAGAGAUGUUGCCUUGAAUUGGCUAUAAAAAGUAUAGGAUUUAAUGUUAUAAAUAUAUAAUUUAAAGAAGAAAAGACACAGAUCUUUAAUGUACUACUAAUACUCAGAUUAGUUGGUGGUUGUUAACUUGAGAAUUUAUCUGCAAAUGUGUUUGUUCAUUUGUGUAUAAGAGAGUUGUCUGUUUUCAUGCAAGACCUUCACUCUGUCACUGUAGUGUGUACAGUACAAGAGAGGCUGCGGCGGUCCAAUUUUCCACCAGAUAUGUUUGUCGGUUGGGGAAAUCGACGUAGGGGUGAGACUCUCAAACUGACACAAAGGAACAUUAAUGGAGUGAAUGGACGGUUCACGUUUGCAUUGAUGGUUCUAUAUUUUGCACCACCUUUUCUGACCAGUGAAGAGAGCUUUCAUAAUGAAAGUAGCUCUUACCACAUUAUAGUUAACUGAAAAGGUGCAAUAAAGUUGUGACUUUUGUGA